ACAAGUCAGUACUUCAUCAGCGAAUGGUUAGAGCUAGAGGGAAAGAAUUAUGAAUGUUUGUUUAAGUUUUCUGCUAGUUUUGGUUCAGCUUUGGGCCAUCACUUUUGGUGUUAACAUCACAGCUAAUGGUCUUCGAGCAGCUGCUAAUUCAAUAAACCAUCCGUAUGGCCGCCUUAUGACGCAACAGAGUGUUCUACCACCAAUAGACAGCCAAUUCCCGCUUCAGUGUUUGAUGUCAAACGUGUUCGUACGUCAGACCAACGGCGGCUACGUCACAAUACUGUGUAUCAAGUCACGUGGUCAACUAUGGACGACGAUGAACGCCUACUACACAGCUGGGUUCUUGCGUGGACGAAGCGACGUGAUCAACGGCUGGAACAGAGGACUCGCUUAUCUUACGCAAAGCGAUCUAGUUGUGGGGAUUUUGUUGUCUUGUUCAUUCGGAUACAGCCCCUACCCACGAUCUAACGUUUAUCGAGAAAACGGGAUGAUAGAAUCGAAAAGAUUUGUGAUCGCUGGCAAUCUGGAUGGUAUACAAUGCAGAGUCACGUGUCCGCCAUUACUACCCGUCUUCCCGUACGGAUUAGUGAACUGUACUGACGAUAAUUUUCUGGGUUCGAGAUGCACCGUAUACUGUAAUGAAGGUUAUUCGCCGAGGGGUGCAGAGGAAAGUACUUGCUCAGGAAAUACCCUGUUAAGAGCAUGGACCCCUUCCCUUUCAACUACAUGCGAAGUAUCAUGUCCUGCCUUGGCGUAUCUUCAUCACGGAGAAGUGAGGUGCACCGACAACAAGUUUAUUGGUUCGGUUUGUACGUACAGCUGCAACCAAGGUUACCGAUUACGAGGAAACGGCAGCAUCACUUGUGAUGGGAACCGACUGACGUGGGAACCGCCUACACAAGUCUCCUGCGUGGCCUAUCAAUGCCCGGCCCUUCAACGGAGAAUUCCAAACGGUCAUCAAGUCUGCACUAACGGCUCGAACCAAUUGUCCCACUGUGUCCUUCGAUGUCGUGCUGGUUUCAAGCCCGUGAGUAGCCAUCUGAAAUGGUGCUUACCGACGAGGGUUGCCGGUGAGGAUGUAAUGGUUUGGCGGUAUGGCAACGGAACCAAUUUGCCCAGCCGAGAUUCUGGUUUUGCUUGCAGACAUGUGAGGUCGCCUGGCAACGCUUCAAGUUCGUCUUUCGAGGCACAAUUCAACAGCACCGGAUUAGGCUCCUACUCGCUUCGUCGUUUCGACUUAUGCGAUAUUUCGCCCGUCAACCGAUAUGACUGUGGGUAUGAAGGGAUAUCAUACAGUAACUGUAUCCGUAGGGGUUGUUGCUGGGAUUCCUCAGUACAGGGAACCAUAUGGUGCUUUCGUCACUCCAUCACCCCGACUAAUCACGGGCAGAAGGUACGCAGUCCUCUACCAGCCAAUAAUUUACGAAUCACGGAACCCACGAUCAUACACCGUCCACCAACACAAGUUUCCUUGAGCCCAAGCCGACCCUCCGGAUUAUACAGUCACCCUCCAAGUACCUACAACCCAACUCAGCAGCACGUGUGCGGGUGCGCAGACCAGGUUACUGAACGCAACUGUAACAUUCAAGCAAGAGGAAGCAGCAACAGAAUAUUGAAUCCACAAAACGAGUUUUCGAGAAUCUAUUGCGGCCAAGCAGCUCGAGCGAGUGACUGGCCAUGGCAAGCCUUGUUCAUAUUCGACGAUCGCUUGUGUGGCGGGACUUUGCUAUCUUCGCAGUAUGUGCUUACUGCCGCUCAUUGUGUGAUAACCAACGAUCCAAGUCGGGACACGCUAACCUCAAACUACGUUGUGCUCGGCCAAGUGAACUCCACUUCGACGCAAGUAAAAUACAUCAGCGCGAUUCGCAGACAUCCCAAUUUCACGUCCACCUACAAUCAUGUACGCAACGACAUUGCCAUUAUCCGACUUGCGGAACCAGCAGACAUUUCAAGCAACUCCGUCGGUACACUAUGCCUUCCUGCUAGUCGUCCCACGCCGGGAGACGAAUGCUUUAUUACAGGCUACGGAAGAACCCGGAGUAACUCAAAUUCUUAUGGGAAAUUAAGAGCAGCGCGUGUACCGAUCACAACAGCAGCAGAAUGCCAGCGUGUGUUUGGUGGGUACUCACCGGAGCAAAACUUGUGUGCUGGAUCGUCAACUCCCAACAGCCCUAACACAUGUAGAGGAGAUUCAGGUGGUCCGCUUGCAUGUAGGCAAUCGCGAGCAUCAAGUUGCGGUUGGUAUCUUGCCGGUAUCACCUCAUACGGUUUAACUGAAUGUGGAGUUCCGUCUCCUGGGGUGUAUGUCGAUGUCCUUGCGUACAAGGCGUGGAUUUUACGGACGCUUCAACAUUUCACUGUCUACGGUGGUGGCUAAUCGCCGAUUUACUCUUGAUAACGCAAUUUUUAUAAAGUAAUUUAUUGGUUUUAACCGCAACGUUUUGGACACCAGUCCAAGACGCUAAUAUCAACUAGCUUUACGCUUAUAACGCACAAAAACAAUUUUGUGACAACGCAUUAACAACUAACCAUUUCAAUCGUAAAACGAAGCGAGGAGCUGAUGAUAUAACACGUCAUUGAAAUAUUAUGAAAUUAACAACUAAGUUAACAUUUCUUUAUUCAGGAAAUUCGAGUUUCUUGUACUCGGACCCAACACGUCAUUAACUUUUUCUCGUUUGUCUUAUAUUCAAGUUCAAAGCAUGUUUUUCUUAUAUAUACUCAAGUUCGAACAGAAAUAAAACACUCUUUUUACAAUGA